CAGAUACCCGUAUUUGUUUCUCUCGAUGAAAUGGCUUGCCUGUUUUUGUUAUAUGCUAAACUGUAUUGACGUCCAUGGAAGUGGAGAACCGAGACAGAUUAAUUCCGUUAACGUUAGCUAUAGCUGGCUAAGGAUAUCGUUAUCUAGAAGCGAUGAUUGCCAGAUAUGCCAUGUUAACGUGCUGGGUAGCUGAAAUUAAGGUUAAAAGGGGUAUAUUUGGCCAUUCGGUCGAGUUGGUGACUUACGUUAGCUCGACAAUAUUAAUAGCUCGCGACCUUUUGUUGAAUGCAGCAUCUGGCUAGCCAAGUCAUCAGGCGGACGGGUGGGUCCUGGUAAACAAAGUCUCUCAAGUUGUCACCACCUCUAGAAAGAUCACAAGCCCUCGAACGUGACCAGCCACGGGAAGCGCAUAGCACGGGACGUACCCAAGCUGUCGCGUGUUAGAGGAGUGCUACUAUUUAGCAACUUGAAUUGUUUAAGGCAAUCUGUUUUUCUUAAAAUGCUCGAUAAUUUACAAGGUCUGUCUGAUUAUGGAACAUUAACACAAUCUCUAUGUAUUUACCAUCGCUUUUAAACAAGCUACCAUCAAAGCAAGGUUUCAUGAAUCCUAGACAGAAUAAGGACAAACGAAAACAAAAGAUUCACCUCAGCGAUGGCUCAACAGACGAAUCAAAGUCCCGUGCUGUGCACCACUGGCUGUGGUUUCUACGGCAACCCUAGGACCAGCGGCAUGUGCUCCGUCUGUUACAAGGAUCACAUAACGCGACAGCAAAGCAGCGACCGCAUGAGUCCCAUGAGUCCCUUAGGUGCAGCUGGUAGCCCGGCUGCAGAGGCCAUCCAGAGACUAGAAGCCAGCUUAAGCAAAGCUGAAUCCCUAGCCGUGCCCAGCACAGACACCACCAGAGAAACCGUCCCAGCAUCCUCUCUGCCCGUGACACAGCAGAUGACUGAGAUGAGCAUCUCCAGAGAAGAGAGGGCCACAACCCCAACGUCAGAAUUUGCAGAGCCAGUUGUCACCCAGCCCAGCUCCUCAUCCAGCCUUGCCCUUGCCCAGGACUGUGACGACACCAAGGCCUCAGAGCUCCCCAAGCCCAAGAAGAACAGAUGCUUCAUGUGUCGCAAGAGAGUGGGGCUGACAGGUUUUGACUGCCGGUGUGGGAACCUGUUUUGCGGGCUGCAUCGAUACUCCGACAUCCACAACUGCACGUACGACUACAAGACGGAGGCCGCCGCCAAGAUCCGCAAGGAGAACCCCGUAGUUGUGGCAGACAAGAUCCAGAGAAUAUAAGCUCUCUCCCCCUCUGGGAGACCCUUGGGAACUUUGACCUGAACACUGGCGCUAGUGUGGCUAAAGGACGUUUCACUUUCUUUCUUUUUUUAAAUCAGUCUUGUGAGAGCAAAAGAAAACUUUUUUUUGAGAGAGAGAGUGGUGCACGUGCAGCGAUCAUAGUUUCAAAUGGGUUCUUUUUUUUGUUCGUUUUUAUUUUGAGGGGAAGGGUUGUUUUUUUUCUGUUUAUUUUUUUGACUGUUUGUUUCAUUCUCUUCCUCUCCUUCCUGUGUGUGCUUCUGUGAAUACGUUUUUUUUUUUCUUCUUCUUUUAAACCACAGUCAUUAUUUCCCAUAGUUAUUAUUUCCUUACGUGUUGCAUUUGGCAAGGACACUUUUCAGGGAAGAUGGAACAGUGUUUCCCCUCCGUGAUGAACGCUGUCUUGAUUGACAGGUAGAAGGAGUCAGAGAAUGCUGUGUGCCAAAAAUGCAGACGUUUACAGGGAACCCGAAUGGAAUUGGAUGCAGUGAGACGGACUCACUCCAGCACCCGGCCUCAUAUCCUCUGUUAUUUUAGCCUGUGUUCCACAACAGGAUCCUCGGGCAAAGAUUGAAUACUUACACAAGUGUCGUGUGAUUAUGAGAGCCGUUGAGAGGUCACCGUGUAACGUGGAGCGGUGUUAAAAUGCCUGAAUGUGAACCUGUUUUCUCUUUCUUCUUGGAGCACAAUAUUCUGCCCUUUCAGGCAGGUCAGUGGACAAAAGCUCCCCGUGUCUGCCAGUUCAGCGCUUAGUGGCGCCUGUCCAUAUUUAAUCAAGCUAUCGCCGGUUGGCUUUCCUGAAGAGCUAAUGUCAGUGUCUGCCUGUUGAAGAGUGAGUGGAGGCCCUGUGGAGACUAAUGAAAACUGUUGCCUAAAGGGUGUGCUGUUGAAUUGAGAAACAUGCUUACAGGGGAAGAAAAACAGCAACAACUUUCUGUGAAGAUGCUGAACUAGGACCCGUCUUAUUUUAAAGUCCUUUUAAAUGAUCAGUUGAAGCCCGGGAAUGUUUGGAGAACUGGGGGUCAUUGACGAUAAUAUUCAUCUUCUUAAUUGUGAGUAAGUGUAUUUGUCAUAGUUUUUUUUCUUUUUUUCUUUGAGUGUGAGUAUUACGCACAUUUUGAAUAUGUGAGCUGGUACGGUAUGUAACCCAAUGGUGUGCGUGUGUAUGAGUGUUUUUAUAUAAGCUCUUCUCCAUAUCUUGACUCAAGCUGAAUAACCUGGAGUAGGUUUGCAAUAUUGGUUUGUUUGUUUACUGAGAAACACAAUAGGAAAAAAAAAUUCUAUCGCUACAGUAGUUCUUCCACAAUGGACUCUGGGGCUGUUUCUUGGUCUCUUUAUGUCAUCAUCCCUCGCCAUCUCUCUGCUAGAUUUGUGUGCGUCAUGUACAUAAACAACCCCACGUUUGCUUUUCAUUUCCUCCUUUAGGACUGGCUUAAAAAAGAAACUAUGUAUCCGUUGGAGUUUUACUAUCACCUGUUAGGUAUAUGCAAAUUUGUACAAAGGAAAAAAAACUUACCAUGUUCAUAUUUAUGUAAUACAUAUAAUCGUGUUAUCUGGCAUUAAGACAAAAUUAGUAUCCUGUAAAUAAAACUGAUGUACAGAGAUGUCA